GGAGCGACUGAACCCAGAGGUGUCCUGUAAACCCGAAGACCGCUGAUUUAACUUAAGUUUUGGUUUCAUUUAAACUGUUUAGUCGUGACCAUGCCCGUCAGUUCCAUGCCGAGGGGUCGGUCUCUGAGCCCGGUAUCUCUGUCCCGCAGCCUCUCGCGGCUGAGGGAGUUUCGAACCCGGACUCGCAUCAUGCUUUCUCUGGGAGUCUCACAGAUGGUGCUCGGCAGUCUCAUUUUGGCUGUCAGUUUCGCCGCUUUGGCCCUCACGACAUCCCCGAGGGUGAGACAUUCGUGUCCCUUUUGGGCUGGAUUCUCGGUGCUUUUGUCUGGACUGAUCGGAGUGGUGUCAUGGAAAAGACCACUUUCUUUGGUGCUGCCAUGGCUGCAGGAAGUACCUCGGACACAGGGAGAGGAGUUUGAGUGGGAGAUUGACAGGACUUUUGGCUAG